AGAAGGCGACAGCCGUGUCACGUGGCUCUGAACGCCACUGAAAAGAAAUUGCUGCGGUCGCCUCUCCCGAUAAGAAGGGUUCAGCAGCAGUCGCAUUAGAAACGCUGUUGGGGGUAGUUCACUUGCUUGUCCGGCAUCCACACGUGCCUUAAAAAUGAGGGGGUACAUCGUUUUGUGCUCCUUGUUCGUCACUGCUGCCGCACUUUCGCAUCAAGAACUCGUUGGCGCAGAAUGGUCAGCAUUCAAGGCAUUGCACGGGAAGGACUAUGAUUCUGACACAGAAGAAUACUACAGGCUGAAGAUCUACAUGGAAAACAGGUUGAAGAUUGCGCGCCAUAAUGAGAAGUAUGCCAAAAACCAGGUCUCGUACAAGCUUGCGAUGAAUGAAUUCGGAGACUUGCUGCACCAUGAGUUUGUCAGCACACGCAACGGCUUCAAGCGCAACUACCGGGACACUCCACGUGAGGGCAGCUUCUAUGUUGAGCCCGAAGGGGUUGAGGACGUCCACCUGCCCAAGGCAAUUGACUGGAGGAAGAAAGGUGCUGUGACCCCCAUCAAGAACCAGGGACAGUGUGGGUCUUGCUGGGCCUUCAGCACUACGGGAUCCCUGGAGGGCCAGCACUUCCGCAAGACUGGCAAGCUUGUGUCGCUCAGCGAGCAGAACCUGGUUGACUGCUCCACAAAGUUUGGCAACAAUGGCUGCGAGGGUGGUCUCAUGGACAAUGCGUUCAAAUACAUCAAGGCCAACAAGGGUAUCGACACAGAGCUGGUCUACCCAUACAAUGGCACGGAUGGUGUCUGUCACUUUGUAAAGAGUGGUGUGGGCGCCACCGACAGUGGCUUCGUUGACAUUCCGGAGGGUAGGGAGGACAAGCUAAAGAAGGCCGUGGCUACUGUUGGGCCCGUCUCGGUUGCCAUCGAUGCCAGCCACGAGUCGUUCCAGUUCUACUCGGAAGGUGUCUACGAUGAACCAGAGUGCAGCAGUGAGCAGCUUGACCACGGUGUCCUUGUCGUUGGCUAUGGUACAAAGGAUGGCCAGGACUACUGGCUUGUGAAGAACAGUUGGGGAACAAGCUGGGGAGAUGAAGGCUACAUCUACAUGACCAGGAACAAGGACAACCAGUGUGGCAUUGCCAGCAGUGCCAGCUAUCCUCUUGUCUAGCUGUGCAUAGCUUUAUAUACAUGCUCUUCGUUCCUUCACAUUGCAUCUCCUCUCACUCCGCACAAAUAAACUCUCUUUUGUACAGUGAA